AUGAAAAUCAAUAAUAAACUGCAAGAUUUGAUAGGAAGAGCGAGGAAAUGUGUGUCAAAUGAAAAGCCGAGAGAAACAAUUCAAGACUUUCUGAAAUGUGUCGAUUCACUCAUAAACGAGACAUUUUUAUCCUCCGACGAUCAUCGUUUAGAUGAAGAUGCGUUUAUUGAGAAAUUAACGUUUCUGGAGUACAUAACAUACUCGUUGAGUUUGGUGACAGAGAAACAUCGACUGACACCAGAAGAAACCUUUGAUUUGUUCCGAUCAGUUGUUACAGCGAUAUGCGUCAAUAAGGAUCAAGAGCUGGCUCGAAGUUUUGAUGACAUCCUGACUAUAUUGCUGUCAGCGUCUACCAAGUUACAUGAAGAAGAAUACGAGACAAUGUUAACGAAUUUGCUAGAAGUAGUCAAAUAUUGUGACCCAGAACCAUCAUGCUCGACAUCGCUUCCCAGACUCAUCACGGCAAAAUCGGUUGCGAGAAUCGAAACGAACUCUGACGGAUUCUUCAAACUUCAUUUGAGUCAGAAUAUUUUUGCUUCAGUGUUCGGAGAAGAAUCUCAAAACUUCACCUACUCAGACGUGUUUCUCGAUUUUUGGCCACACUGUUUAUCUCGUUUGAAAGUGAGGAGGACUCCGGAAGAAGUGUGGAUAAUGGAGAAUUGCCUCCGAUCUGCUCUCGUGAUGCUGAAAAUGAAAAGAAAACGGAGUUCAGUUCUCGAACAGGCGCACUUCAUCAACGAAUUGUUUUCAACGUUCAAUGCGAUUCAUGUGUUCAAAAAUGAAGUGGAAGAGGGGCUUACAGCCAUUUUUGAGGAAAUUCAAAACUUUUUUCAACAAAAUGAUCAGAAGAUUUUGGUACAUAAAGAUCUUCGAGCGAUGUCGUUGGAAUGGUUAAAUGUCUACAUCAAUUUUGUAGAAGAAACAUUUGACGACUUCGGACUUCUUGAUUAUUUUUCAUUUUUUUUGGUUGAUCUAACAGCACACCAAGACCUUCAUGAGAUCCCAUUGAAGAUCUGUGGAGCACCUAUAGAGUUGUGCAUUGUCCGAAUCCAACGAGCAGUACAAACAUCGAACAUCGAAUGUCUCCAGUGUUAUCUGGACAUUGUGGCAUCACUAUUCAAGCUAGCGAAGAUUCAAAAAAACGACAGUUUCCAAUGGUUCGUCGUGGAAAUUCAGAAGCACAAUUCAAUCGAUAAUCCUCAUUGGCCAAGUCUUCUACGAUGUCUUCUAAGUGUACAGCAUCCGAUUUGUCAGUCCUUUUGCAAGCAAUUCGUUCCACCAGUGGACACUUUAUGGAUGAAAUUGAAAAAUGGAGGAGAAUCUUCUCGAAACACUGUGAACCUACUUGCAACUAUUCUGGGAUCUUGCACAUUUCUGGGGAAUAGCGAUGAAAGAGUGAAACAGAUUAUUCCAUUACUCCUCAUUCCUUGCUUACGAGAUUUUCGAGAUCGAGUCGGAACCAAAUGGGAUGCUUUUCGAAUAAUUGUAGGACAGAGAAACGGAUUGCCAGAAUCUCUAAUCGAUCUCCAAAGAUUCGCUUCAGUCCUCGAAGCAAAUAAUUCAGAGUCGGCUAAAUUGGCAGCUGUUCAAUGUGCUCUGCAAAUCGAGAAAAAGACUGGAAAAUACAUCAAUUUAGUCGCUGAAAUGGCUCUCGCAGUUUUCUCAAAAUCUCAAUCCGACAAAAUUGCUCAAUGUCUGCCUGCCCUUUUUCACUUUCUCGGAGACAAUCAACAGUUCGUCAGCGAAUUUAUAACUGUUUUGGUAGAAAAACUGUCGGAGAAGUACACCGUGUACAACCAGGAAACACUAUCAGAAAUUUUUACGGCACUCCAGAAGCUCAUUUGCAUGACAUCAAAUGGAAAAAAUCCAUGUCGGAAGUGCAUUCAACAACGAUUUGUUGAGCCGGAUAGCAAGGAAAAUGCGAAAAUUGAUGAAAAACAGUUGGCCGUUUUGAUAAGUGGGAUGAUAAGCAACAAAAACCAUUAUUCUGAUAAUAUAAUCAAGGAUCUUCUACAAACCUGUCGAGUUAUUUUAUUGCAUGUGGAUUCAAAGAAGUUGAUUCCUGCAUUCAAUCCAGUAAUCAAAGCAAUUGACCUUGCUUUCUCUGUGAAUGCUGACACCUAUUUCCGUAUCUGGGAGCUCGUCCAUUGGAAGAGCACACUAACGAACGAGAGAAAGCAACAUAUAUAUGUCAAACUGUUCAUGCAAGGAUUUUUGAAUCCAGCAAACGUGUCACUGAACAAACUAAAUGACUUCCUGGAUAAUGUUUCAAAAGCGAAACUUUCGAAAGACUUGAAGGCUACCGUAUGUGCUGCUCUCUUCUCUCAUGCGGUUUUUGUGAACAACGAAUAUGACUGGAACUUGGUGUCUAACCGCAUUCAUCAAUUUGCUUUCAAAAUUGUCAGAAACUUGUCGGAUACAUCGGAAGAAGAACUACUUCAAGCUAUGUUCAAACGAUACUCCACGAUUUUUAUUCGAUCGUUCCUUCAACGACUUUUUCAUGAAGCAGCUGAGAAGAAUUUCGAAGAAAUCAAAAUUCGAGAGACUACGAGACUAUUCGUGUCUCAAAUAAUCAUCAUCUUCAAAUUCCCGAAUGCGAUGUCUGUCAUCAGUGAUAUUCGAUCAAGUCUUCUCUACAGGUCACUGAUGUUCGGAACACGUGGAACCAAUCCGAAAUCAGUCUGCUCAGUGAUAGAUUUGAUUAAUCAAGAAUUGAGUAUUGUAAAUCCAUCUCCAUCGUGUACUCCGAGGAAUCAAACUGAUAUGCGGGUUGUGAUGGAGCAGCAGAAGACACUGAUCACUGAGUUUUUCCCCAAAAUCGUUCAGCUUUGGACGCUUGAAGAGUUCGAGAAAAAGGAUCUACUAUGGAAAUUCUGCGCUGAUCACUGCAACUUCAAAGAAGACGACCUGAAAGUCGUGACAAGUUCAUUCAGAAAGAAGAUAUUUGAGAAUCUCCUUCUGACUUCACCGCAACAAUUCUGUAAUAGAGAGAGAUCAUUGAUCACUAUCCAACUCCAAAAAAUCUAUGAGAGUAUGAAAAAAGGGGAGAAAUUCAUGAUUUCCACUGCAAUGGAUACUCGAAACGAAGGAAUCGAAUUUAUCUUCGCAUUCCGUUCCUAUUUCACCAACGAUGAUCAUUUUUUGUUAAGAGAGACAGCAGCAAAAAGUUUCGGAACCGUUCUUCAGAAUCUCAAAUCAGAUUUCUUCCAUGCGAAUUGGUGGGCAAUUCUGAUGACGUUACGCCAAAGUCCGCUUCAUCUAGCAGCCACCAGACAAUCAUGGGUCAUUUUCAUCGAGGAAAUCAAUUUGGAAACUCUUUUAUCACACAUCUGGAGGAUCUUAGCAUAUGUAUCGAGAGUUUCCAGCAAUGAAGACAUCAUAGAGCAUUUGUGGAACCGUCUAGGUAGUGUCAGAGAAGACAUGACCAAACUUUUCUGGAUUAUACCAGUUGAGGUGGAAAAGAAUUUCCUGAAUAUGUCCAUAGCAACAUCUAGACGAAUUGAAGAUGUUUUCGACUUCAUUAAAAUGUUUCCCAGAUAUCCUUCUCUUCAAUUUAUCGACAAUCUUUCUAGUAAAAUUGAUCGAGGAACUGUUUGCAAGAAUGAUCUUCCGAAACUGCUAUGUGCUCUCGCUGGUAUUCUUCCGAUGUGUCAAACGACUAAACAACGGAAUCAACUCAUUUCUAUACUUCAAAAGACUCCAAUCACAUAUUCGGAACUGGCCGAUCAUGAUUUUAUCCGAUGGGAUCCCAGUUUCAAGCUCUUUUCUGAACCAAGACAACUGACCCAAGCAGUUCUGGAAGAGUGUGCUGAAGUGGUUAUGAAUAUGUCAGAAACUUCGAAAAUCGAUUACGCGGAUCGUACGAUGUGUGAAAUCUAUCGGUUCUUCAAUCAAAAUACUGCCUCGGAAGAAAUGAAGCUGGAAAUAGAUGGAAUCGUGAAUAUGUACUCCAAGAUGAGCUCUCACAAACCAGAGCCAGUGAUGAUUGAGCAGAAAACAAUAGAUGAGUUGAGCAGUAACAAUGAAUCGAAAACUGAGUCUUUCGCUCGAUGGCUUACUGUUCUGAUUCUCAAGUGCGCUGAGAUGGCCGAAGAUGCACCGUUAGCUAGUCUGAUUUCUAUCUCACAUAUUGACGACACCAAUUUCCUAUCGAAAAUUGCAAUGCGAUUUAUUCUUACUGUCUUGCAAAUGGAGCGAGAUUCAGUAGCACAAUGGGUAAGAAUAUAUAUACACAAUAGAAUAUAUAGCAAGACUGAUCAUUCGAGACGAAUUUUUCAGAUUCUGACAACUUUCGAAGAUGCACUGAUGAAUGCAACUCAACGAAAACUCACCAAAUCCGACCGAGGACCUGCUUCAUUCAUUUUCUACGUCUUUGAUUUUUUGUACAUCUACAACAAUUCUGAAGAAGUUCUUCGUCAGAAAGAGAUGCGCGAAAAAGUGAUAACAUUCUGGAAAAGUAUGAUUUCAUGGACGACGAAAGAUGAUCAUGGACAUAAUCAACCAUUGAUUGUGAGAGUAGCGGAAUCAUUCGGAAUGGAGAAACGAUGCAUUCUCUGGCUGGAAAUGUUCAUGGACUUGAAAAAGAUAGAUCUCAAAAAGAAGGCAGCCGAAAGUCAAGAGUGUGCAACCAUCGAGAAUCGAGCAGCGGGAGUCGAAAGUGCUUACUAUUUCACUCUGAUGAAUUUAUAUGCGAGAAUCCAUGAGUUGAAUGGAGUAAGAGGAGCGUAUGCGAUGUUGAGCAAGACACAAAUCGACCAUGUUUACGGAAAAAUUUGUAUACGAGAAGCGUUUGGCGAGCUACAUUCGGCCGCAUCGUUUGCUGAAAUGACUGGAAAAGGAAGACGUUUCAAUGCAGAAGAAAUGAUACGGAAACUGAUUGAAGAACAGAAUUCGUUGGAGUAUUGUCCAAUCGAAAAGAAAGAACAAGACGAAUACGUAAAGUCUUUGAAGACGUUAACACAAUGGGUUUCCAUUGAUGAUGAUAUUGGUCCAUCGCCACAUGUGUUCUCCCGAACUAUCGAAAAUCGGUCCACAGAAUCUGUGAUUCUCUCGAUGAUCCGAAAUGAAGAACGAGAAGAAGUAAUUGAUGAAGCGAUUCAGAACGCUAAAUCGAAAAUUGUGGAUCGACUAUCCGAAUGUGCCCUUGGUGGAUUAUGCAGUUAUGAAACGUCGGUUCCAUUCGUAACUGAACUUCAGAAGCUAGACGAGAUUGUUGAACUGAAAAACGCGCGGAAAGAAGACUUGAUUGGGUUCGAUUCAGAAUUUUGGAAAAAUUUGAACAGGAGAACGAACGAUGGAGAACAGUCUAUUAGUGUACUGGAACCGAUUCUACGAGUUCGAAGAUCAUUGUUGGAUAUUCGAAUGCAAUCGAUGGGUGACAAAGAAAAAGACAAUGUCCGCUCGAGAAUUGUAGAUUCUCAUCUUCAAAGUGCUCGACUCGCUCGACUCGCUGGAUGUCUAGAACGCGCGCAACUCUCAAUCAUUAAUGCGAAAAAAGUGUUACCAUUUGAGAAUAAAAUCGUUUUGGAAGAAGCAAAACUUCGACUUCAAACCUCGGAUGAGCUCAACGGAAUGAGCUUAUUGGACAGUAUAAUCGCAAAGAAUUUUGGAGAAAUUCAGGCAACAUACAGUCACACUCAACAGUCGGUUAAUCUCGAUGUUCAAAAAUCAGCAAAGCUCAGGAUUGAAUUGUUCCCAGUGGAGACGAAAAAUCUGUUCUCGUCAGUUCAAAUGCUCCGUAUCUCGCAUAUGAUCAAAUCUGGUAAUACAGUUGGGUUCGAGAAACUUUUCGACGAAACCAAGCAGCUUAUCGAGCUGUUCGCUCGUUCUGGUGUCAUGUAUGAAGCUGUUUGGUUCAUGGAUUAUCUGUCCAAUUACAACGAACGCAGUAAGCCAAUUCUUGCAUUAUUGAAGGCCUAUCGAGAAGUUGCCAAGUACGAGAAGAACCAAGUUUUACAAGCGAGAGCUGUUGAGAGAAUGACGUCUUUGUGGUUGGCCAAUUCUCGAAAAAUUAAUGAUGCCAUCGCAACAACAAAAAUGCCAGACGGACAGAUUAAUGAGUUGAAGCAAACUAUCAAAUCAACGAAUCGUGAAAUGCAGCUAUCCCUAGAUAACAUCGGAUGGCGAGCAUUCUAUCCCGCAUACGCAGUACUCGCUCGACAUAUCGAUCAUAAGGAUGAUGAAGUUGCUCGAAUGAUUAAGCACAUAAUGAAACAGUUGAUUCUCCGAAUGCCACACCAAUGCAUGUGGCAAUCUGUGUACCUUCUUCGACAGAAUAUUGCUGAUAUCAAGGAUAAAUACAUGGAGGUGCUGGCUGAAGUGAAAAGAAAAUCACCAUGUUAUGUCACUAUCAUCGAUCAGUAUGAUUAUGCAUCUGGAAUAUUCAAUCUGAUUUCCACGAAAAUCGAUUCUAACGACUGCAAAUUGUCGGAGAAGGUUGAAGGUCUCAAAAUUCUAUUCCGUGAUAAGAAGUACGAUCCAAAGGAACUGGAAAUGAAUCGACGAUUAGAUGGAGAUUGCAAAGUUCUGAACGGAAUUAUGAUACCGAUUCGUUCUGUCAUUGAUGAAUCCGUCCAUGCGACGGAUAUCAGUGAUCUCAGUUUCGAGGAGUCUUGUCAUCUUCCAGAUAGAUAUCUAAUUCAUAAUUUUAGCGAACAAGUCAAGGUUCUUCACUCCAACACAAAACCAGUUCUCAUCGAGCUGACGACAAUGACCGGACGAAAAGUUCGACUGAUUUGUAAGAAGACGGACGAUCUCACAAAAGAUUAUCACUUCAAUAAAAUUGUCGAGAUGUGCAAUGAUCUUCUGAUGAAAGAUGAGCAAACCAAAAUCCAAAACAUGGCAGCUACCACAUUCUCAGUUAUCCCACUCGCGAAACAAGGAGGAAUCAUUGAAUUCAUUGAAGGCGUUACCCCGUAUUUUGACACACUGGAAAGUGUUAUGCAACUGAAAAACGAUUGGAGUGGGAAACUCAAAAAAUGGAAGGACGAAAUGAGUAAGCUCAAAUCAAAGGAAGCCAGAGCUGAAUACUUCCGAGACGUUGCCUGUAAACAGACACCAGUCGUCAUGGCCAAAUGGUUCCGUCUACAGUAUCCGGAGGCUGGAAAAUGGUUUGCUAGCAGAAAGACGUUUGCCAAAUCGACUGCUGUCAUGUCAAUUAUUGGAUACAUCUUUGGGCUUGGUGAUCGUCACACUAAGAAUCUGAUGAUCCAUUUGCAAACCGGAAAAUGCAUCCACGUGGAUUUCGACAUGAUAUUCAACAAGGGAGAAACGCUUGGAACUCCUGAACUUGUACCGUUCCGUUUGACCCAGAAUAUGAUCAAUGGAAUGGGUGAAGUGGCGUUGGAUGGAGAGUUCCGAGCGGUUUGCGAGCAGACAUUGCGAGUAUUCCGCGAAAAUUCAUACGAAAUUGAAAAGUAUAUUUCUGAUUUGCCCAACCUGGUCGCCGACUUUGCGAAUAACAAAUUGGCACCGAAAGACUUUGACAUGACAGAAGCGAAACGACUGGUCUCGGGACGCAUUCGUGGACAAAUCAUGACCGUCAAAUUGCAUAAAAGUCGAGCUAUAACAUAUCCAAUGCAAGUUUCACAACUUGCUUCCUCCCUCAUUGACCUGGCUACGAGCGAUGAGAAGCUGUGUGAAAUGUUCCCAGGAUGGAUGCCAACUCUUUGA